AUUAUCAUUAAUUAAAGAUUAACACUAACAUUUCUCUAAAUUUUUUCCCUGCCUGGAUUGGUCCCUUCUGAUCCAGGCAACAAUUCUCCAUGGAUGAUUAAUUAAAUUUAAUCCUAUAGCUUGGCUAUGAAUUAACCUUAAUCCCAAAUUUUGCAAGAAAAAAAAAACAAUUUCUGAAGUUCUUGGCGUACAGGAAAAUUAAUUUUUUGUUUAAAAAAGAUUAAUUCUUAAUUAGUUUUCCUGUACGCUUAGACAUGAUUAACAAUACUCAUGUAUUGAUUCUUGUUGUCUGUAUUUCUGUUCUUGUCAACUGUAUUUAUGUCUGUACAGCAAAAUCUUUGUCUCUAAGCUGCGGCUCAGAAAAUGGCGGCAAAGACGGCGACGGCAGGAAAUGGGAGUCGGAUGUUAAAUACCUUGCCGGAAAUGGAAAUCAAUUCCAAGCUAGAGCUCAACACCAAGAUUCUUCGAUUGUUUCUGAUAUUCCAUUCAUGAAUGCAAGAAUUUUUAAAUCAGAAGCAACUUAUACGCUACCCAUCCAGCCGAAAACGCGGUAUUUUCUCAGGUUUUUCUUCUAUCCAUCAGAAUAUUCUAGUCUGAACAUCUCCAAUUCGUACUUCUCGGUGGUGGCGGCCGGAGUUACUCUGAUGGACAAUUUCAGUGCUUCAAUUACAGCUCAGGCUCUAACUCAGGCUUAUCUGAUAAAGGAAUAUUCUCUGAAUGGUAUAGAUUCUCAUAGUCUUAAUGUCACCUUUAAGCCUUCUGAUAAAUCUGAGUAUGCUUUUGCAUUUGUCAAUGGCAUUGAGAUGAUUCCAAUGCCCGGUGAUCUCUUCGGUUUGUCGCCAAUUGUCGGAUUUUCCGAUCAAUCUGGUGAUUCCAAGGAUGCUAAUUUCGAGACAAUGUAUAGAUUAAAUGUUGCAGGGCAAUAUAUUCCUCCGAGUCAAGAUUCUGGUAAUUUGGCAAGAACUUGGUAUAAUGAUGCUCCUUAUAUAUUCAGUGCUGCAAUUGGAUCUGAUCUGAAGGCCAACGGAAGUGUUCCGAUAAAAUAUAAUGACUUUCCGGGUUAUGCAGCUCCAGCAAAUGUUUACGAAUCAGCACGGAGCAUGGGACCUGAUUCGUUAAUGAACCUGAAGUUCAACCUGACAUGGUUAUUACAAGUUGAUCCGAAUUUCAGCUACAUUGUCAGGUUUCAUUUCUGUGAGUUUGUGUUGACCAGAGUUAAUCAGAUGGCAUUUAACAUAUACAUCAACAAUCAAACGGCUCAGGCUGAUCCGUCGCCAGCUGAUAUUAUCGGAUGGACAGGACAAGCCGGGCAGCCUACGUACAAAGACUAUAUGAUUAUAGUUAAUGGCAAGAAAGAUGGUGCGUAUAUUCAAAUUGAUUUGCACCCAUCAACCCUGACAAAACCCGAAAUUUACGAUGCUUUACUUAACGGAUUAGAGGUGUUCAAGGUGAGCGACGUAAACAAUAACCUGGCAGGUCCGAAUCCUGAGCUAUCGGCUAUGCUUGCUAGAGAUGUAGCUGAAGGUAAACAGAAACAAUUCCAAAGUACAAACCAGAACUUUAUGAUCGGAGGUGCAGCGGGAGGUGCUGUAGGACUUUGUUUAGUUGCUGCAAUUUGCUUUGUCUACACUCAGAAAAAGCGAAUUGCAGGCUGUGACACUCACACGUCGAGUUGGUUACCAAUCUACGGAACUUCUCAAACUACUGCAACAGGAAAAUCAACAAUAUCAGGUAAAAGUACUAACACGACUAACCUGUCAACAUUAGCGCAAGGCCUUUGUCGCCAUUUCUCUCUGGCGGAGAUGAAAAAGGCGACGAAUAGUUUCCACGAGUCCAAUGUGAUAGGCGUUGGCGGAUUUGGAAAGGUGUAUAAAGGGAUUAUCGACCAAAACAUGAAAGUUGCAAUCAAGAGAUCAAACCCGCAAUCCGAUCAAGGAAUCAACGAGUUUCAAACCGAGAUCGAGAUGCUUUCGAAACUCAGGCACAAACAUUUGGUGUCACUAAUUGGAUUUUGUGAAGAGGAGGAAGAAAUGUGCCUAGUUUAUGACUACAUGUCACUUGGGACUUUAAGAGAGCAUCUAUACAAAAGUAAAAGACCUAAACUUUCUUGGAAGCAAAGAUUAGAAAUUUGCAUUGGAGCAGCCAGAGGACUUCAUUAUCUUCACACAGGAGCAAAAUACACAAUCAUCCAUAGAGAUGUUAAAACAACAAACAUUCUGUUAGACGAAAACUGGGUUGCGAAAGUUUCGGAUUUCGGGUUAUCGAAAACGGGGCCGAACAUGGAGAACGGGCAUGUUAGUACUGUGGUUAAAGGUAGCUUUGGGUACUUAGAUCCUGAAUAUUUCAAAAGACAACAAUUGACAGAAAAAUCCGAUGUAUACUCAUUCGGAGUUGUUCUGUUCGAAGCAUUAUGUGGAAGACCAGCUUUAAACCCUAGCCUGCCAAAAGAACAAGUUAGUCUUGCUGAUUGGGCUCUUCAUUGCCAAGCUAAAGGAACUCUUGAAGACAUAAUUGAUCCUCAGGUUAAGGAAAAAAUCAAACCUGAAUGCUUAAAGAAAUUCGCGGAAACGGCCGAGAAAUGCCUGUCAGAAGCCGGACAUGACCGUCCUUCGAUGGGAGACGUGUUAUGGAAUCUUGAAUUUGCUCUGCAAUUACAGGCAGGUUCUGAUAGUUCAAGACAUAGUAUACAGAUCGACGACGGUAGCAUUUCAGGAGAAAGCUCAUCAGAAAACUCACCAUCAGUGCAUAAUGAUCAUAAACAAUCUUCUGAUGAUCAUGAUCCUGAUGAUGAUGAGCCUGUUGAAAUAUUUUCUCAGAUUCAUAAUCAAAAAGGACGAUAAGGAUUUGUUUUUUUUUCUUUUCUUAGUAUUAAUUCAAAAACAGAACAAGAUUGAUCUUUUUUGCUGGGUGUUUGUCAGCAUUUUAGUAUCAUUCUUUUGUGUUUGAUAAAAUUUAACAUAGCAACUUGUAGAGUUAAAUUCAUCAAAGCUUUAGUGAUGCUCUUCAAGUUUUUUUUUACUUUUUUUUAAUUGAUUAUAUACACAAAUUUAACAUCAAAAAAUUUGUAACUUGUAUUAUUUGAUAUAUAGGAAUCAUAGAUUUAUUUUUA